AUGCAUAAAGGUCGUUCACGAACCUCUGGUGUUUAUCGAGUUGAACACUUAGUUGGUAAACGAAUACGUGGGAAUCGCACUGAAUAUCUAGUAAAAUGGAAGAAUUGGUCUGACGAACAUAAUACAUGGGAACCAGAGAAAAAUAUAUUGGACAAACGAUUAAUUGAGUCAUUUGAGAGACGAGAGAAACGUAAAAAAUGUCAACUAGAAUCUUGUCAAUGUGAUAGAAGUCAUAGUUCAUCAGAAAGUCAAAAAUUAUCAUUACAUUCUUCGAGUAAACAAUCUGAUCAUGAAAUUAAAAAGAUAAACGAAAACUUAUCUAUUGUUACAAGUUCAGAUAAAUCUGAUUCCUAUGAAACAACAACAACAACAACAAAUCAAUCAAUUGAUCUACCAUUUGUUAAAUCUUCUUUAAAGUCUGUAGACCCUAUUCUUUCAACACUUUUACCAACUAGUAAUAAUAAUAAUAAUAAUUCAAAUAUUCCUGUAAAUAAAUCACCUAUAUAUUUACAUUCUUCAAAUCUAUCCAAUGAUUCAGUAUCAUCAAAUAAUAUUGAAUGGAAUGAUAUGUGCUUUGAUCGUCGUUUUCGUAAGACAACUCUUUUAGUCGCAGCAGCUUCUGCAUCUGCUGCUAAUGCAGCUGCAGCUUUAGCACAUUCUAGAUUAUCUGGAAAACAUACACAACAAUCUAGUACAACUAGUAGUAGUACUGUUAACAAUGUGGAAACUCCUCAAUCUAUGAUGACGAUAGCUCAAUCAACAGUUGAAGCGAAUGUUGUUGCCAAGACUGGUGUGCAAUCGUCUAUAGAUGGUACCUUUGAAGAAAGACCAAAAAUUCGAUUGACUAUACCACGUGAUCGUAUUCUACCUUGUCCUCCAGUCGGUGUAUCAAGUAACUCUUCUAGUAAUAGUCAAAAUUCAUCUCAAUUGACAAAUAAUACAUCUGUUGGUUCAUGGAAUACUAUCAUAGACGAUUCUGAUCAAUCAUUAUUAUUGGAAUCGAAUUCAAUGAAACAAGAUGAUACAAUUGCUGGAACACAAUUUAUAGCUCCAGUUGAAUUACCUCGACGAUGUAAUCCUACAGUGGUAACACCGCAUUCAAUUAAUCCAACAGCUGGUAUGCGUUUACCUGAAAUCCAGAUAGACAAUUCAUCUCAAUCUUAUUAUCAUGUAGAUAUGACAAAUAUUUGUAAAUCACCGAAAUGGAGUAAACAAACAUCAUGUAUGGUUACAUCAAGUUGUAUGCAACUUCCGAAAUUGGUCAUCACUACUACAACUUUAUCAUCAACUUCACCAUCACCAUCAUCAUCAUCAUUCGAUUUGAUUAUCUCUUCAAAGAAACGCAGUCGACAGUUUAGUUCAGAAGGUGGUUUUUCAUCAUCACCAGGUUAUGAUGUUGAGCAUGAUAUUGUUAAGAAACGUAGACAUUCACAAAAGAAAGAGAAACGUAAACGUCAUCGUGAUCAAAUAUCUGACUAUCCAUACAACAGUCAUCAUCAUCGUCACCAUCAUCAUCAUCAUCAUCAUCAUCAACAUUCAAAGAGUGGUUAUUCUUCAUCUUUUGAAGAGUAUAGUAUGAAUACAAGUAAAAUACGUCGACGUUCUGGUUCAUCAACAUCGCAUACUUCUUCAAUGUCUACAGACAGUUUUUCACCAACAAUUCUAUCGAAUAAUACAUCACCAAAUGAAGAUUUUCCUCGAUUAGCUCCAUUACGUAUACAUUUACCUCGAUCAAUAACAUCUCAAUUAUCUGCACCGGAUAGUUUAAAUUCAUUUACUGAAAAUCAAUCAAUUAUUGAUUAUCCUAUUCAACGAUUAUCUUCUUGUGGAAUGACACAUACUACUCUAUCUACAUUAGUCAAUACGUCUAGUUGUUUUGUAAGAAAUCCGAGUGGUGGCGGUAGUAGUAGUGCUAGUAGUGGUAGUAUUGGUAAUAAUCAUACUACUAAUAAUAGUAAUGAUAAUAUUAUUGAACAACGAAAACAAAUACACUUAGUACCAGAAAUGUGUAUCACUGAUAUUACAGUGGAUGGUUUGACGAUUAGUAUAAAGGAAUGUAGUGGACCAAGAAAUUUUUUUGGGAUACCGACUAGUCAACUUGUUCAGCAUAACUAUCCUAAAAGUGGUUACAUGGUGAGUAGUAUCGAUCGUUCGAUGACAACGACUACUUCCACAACGAUGACAACUGCCACUGCUGCUGCUGCCGCCGCGACCACCACUACCACCACCACAACAACAAAUACUGUGGUUUUAACCAACACCACCACCACAACAACAACAAAUCAAUGUAUCAAACCAUUGUGUUUAAGUUUAAAGGAACAAAACCACUUGUCAACAAAUCCAUCAAUGUUGCCUAUCUCUACAAAGUUAGAUGCUUCAUUGUAUGAUAAUUGUACAGUAUUAAAUAGUCAAGAUACUACUCAUAUCAAGAGUAAUAUUAUGCAUAAAGAUAAUGAUAAUGAUUUUGAAAAUUAUGAUGAUAUUGAUUGUAUAAAAAAAAACUCACUUAAUGAAUAUGGUGAUGAGAAUGUUGCUCCGUCAAUAGUGAUAUCUCAGUCAUGCACCUUGUCAUCAUCAUCAUCAUCAUCAUCGUGUUGUACAUCACAGAUAUCUCCAACACAUUCCAUGUCAAGUAUUAUGACACUAUCAUUGCCACUAUCAAAUAUUACUUCGACUACUGUGAUAACCACUUCAUGUGGAAUGAAUCAUCUACCUUUGAGUACAAUAUAUGAAGAGACUGAAUCAUCUACAAUAUCAUCUGUAGACAUUUUAAAGAAUUCAUUAAAAUCUGAAGAAAAUGAAGAUGAAACUGAAAAAUUGAUAUCAACUUCAAAAUUAACCAUUAUGACAACAUCAUCAUCAUCAUCAUUGAAUGAAUCUUUCACUUAUCCUAUAAUUGAUACAGUACUAGCUAAUACUACAGAGGCGAUUAUGAAAAGUGCAUUAGAAUCACCAAGUUCACCAGGUCUAUUAUUACCUCCAAGACGUUCAUCUACACCGAUUGAACAUACACCACCAUAUUUAAUUCAAUCAUCAUUUUUAAACUCUUCACAGAACAAAUUGAAUUCUAGAGAAAUCAAUCAAUCGAUUGAUUAUCAAUCACCUAUACGAGAUACUACUACUACUACUACUACUACUAUUAAUACUACUGAAAUGAAUAACGUCCCCCCUAUACAUACUAUAGAUGUCACCAGUUGCAUGAAUAAUAGCAAUGUGUCGACAUCGAUUACUACUAUUUCUAAGUCCAUUUCACCAUCGAUUUCUAAUACUACUACUACUACUACCACCACCACCACCACCACCACCACAACUCCUCCUCCCCCUCCUCCCCCUCCUCCUCCUCCUCCUCCUCCUCCUACUACUACUACUAUAGAUCCUAUGUCAAUCACACAAACUCGUAAAUCUUUAAACUCGAAGAUAAGCACAAUCAGUAUGACAAGUACACCAUAUCGACCGAUGGCAACUAUAUUCGGUCAAGUACGUAAUCGUAGUACUACAAGUAUUAAGUAUUCAGCUAAUACUGUUGCUUCAACAGUGACAACAACAACAGCAACACUACUAACUAGUUCUACUGGUCUUGUGAAUACACUAGGAUAUUCUUCUACGCGUAAAUCUGUUAAAUCUAAGCAUAUCUUAUCAUCAUCUAGUAACUGGAAUAAUAAUGAUAAUAAUCUUUAUGAUUCAGUGAAUACAUUCAAUAAUAUUUACACUUUUCCUGAUGAAUCUCUUACUUAUUGUAAUACUGGUAUAAAUGUCUGUAGUAUGGAGUGUAUAUCAUCUUCACAUAAUAAUAUCCCUUUGUAUUCUUCAUCUUCUACAAUAUCUGAUAUAAAACACACUGAAUAUCGUGUCAAUAAUUCGUCUGGUGGCAGUGGUAGUCGACAAAGAUCAACAAGACAAAAUCAUCAUCAGUUUACAAAUCGAAAUUAUGAUUCAAAAAAUUGCCGUCUCUUGUCAUCUCCAACAACAGUAUCAUCAUCAUCAUCGGUGUCGACGUUACCGUUGACAUCAUCCACAAUGACAUCAUCAUUAGGCAAAGUUGUUGAUUCAGAUUUAGUAGGUAACUUUUCACCAUUCUUAAAUUUAUCAACAUUUUCUUCAUCAAUUAUUCAACCGUGUAAUACUACUACUACUACUACUACUACUACUACUACUGCUACUGCCACUACUACUCCACUUGAUAUAUGUUUACCUUCAUCGAUUAUCAAUGAUCAAUUGGUGUAUAGUCAAGAUAUUAAUAAACAGAUAUACAAUUGUAAUAAUAUGAUAAAUAAUUCAAAUAAUCCAGAGGCUGCAUUAGCUACAGCUAUUUGUUUACAACAAUUACAAAUGCAAUUAAUGUACACUACAAAUCCUGUUUCUAUGGCUACAGCAUUAACAAAUGCAUUGACCACUGGUUUCUCAACAAAUUCACUUCUACCAUCAUCAUUUCAUUUCAAUUCUACUGGUACUAUUCCUAUUACUACUAUUGGUAAUAAUAAUAAUAAUAAUACACAUUGGUCAAUGCCAAAUCCAUUUUUAUCGCAUACAUAUAAUCCUAUUGAUCCAAAUUUAUCUUUACCAUCAAUAAUCAAUAGUAAUCAUAGUAUGAUAGGAUUAGGGAAUGAUGCCAACUAUCUAUUUAAUCCAUGUUCACAUCAUCAUAAUUCAUUAAUGAAUACAUAUACUCAAUUUCAAUUGACUAACAACUCUAUGGAUGGAUAUACAUUGAAUGAAGCAGCUGUAGCAGCAGCGGCGGCGGCAGCAGCAACAAGAUCUGAACUUUAUUCUACUAUUGGUUGUGAUACAGGUGUCAUGAUAUCAGAAUCAUCUGAUUUACCAAUUGACUUAUCAGCUAAAAGAUGA